CCGUCAGUCGCUCAGCCACAUGCUAUUAAAAGAGCCGUGAUCCGGACAAGUUCCCUGGCAGCCACUGGCUCUGAAUGGACAGAGAGGACGGCAGGCUUUAGUCUGCUUUCCUGACGGGACAACAACACACAUUUCCGCUGAAGACUGGCUUAGCUCUUUACGCACACUAAGAUGGGUCUCCCAUCGGUUAUGGUGCUGCCGCUGCUGAUCGUGGUUUUUGCUGGAGUUUACUAUGUUUACAAUGAGGUCAUGCGCUUCAUGUCCAAGUCCAUGGUGCGGAACAAAGUGGUGGUGAUCACAGACGCCGUGUCCGGAAUGGGAAGUGAAUGUGCCAGGCUGUUUCACGAAGGCGGGGCGAGGCUGGUUUUGUGCGGGCCGAACUGGGAUAAGCUUGAAUCUCUAUAUGAUUCUCUGUGCAGUGGAUCAGACCCAAGUAAAACUUUCACACCCAAGCUGGUGCUGCUGGACUUCAGCGAUAUGGAGAACAUUUCGGAGGUGAUCACAGAGAUCGGAGAGUGUUACGGCUGUGUGGAUGUGCUGAUAUGCAACAGCAGCAUGAAGGUCAAAGCACCAGUGCAGAAUCUCUCUCUGGAGAUGGACAAAACCGUCAUGGACGUCAACUACUUUGGGCCCAUAACGCUGGCCAAAGGGGUUCUGCCGUCAAUGAUCACUAGACGGACGGGUCAGUUUGUGCUGGUCAACAGCAUCCAGGGGAAACUGGCUCUACCAUUCCGAACCUGCUAUGCUGCGUCCAAGCAUGCAGUGCAGGCGUUCUUUGACUGUCUGAGAGCAGAGGUGGAGGAGUAUGGGAUCUCCGUCAGCACCAUCAGCCACACCUUCAUUAACGCAGUAGCGGAGAAUGGCGCUCCCUCCAAAACGCCGCCCACCAACCCCCUCUGGGCCUAUAUCUCUAGUAAGCUGAACACUCACGGCGUGAGUCCCAGCAGUCUGGCCCAUGAGAUCGUGAGGACAGUGAACCGGCAGAAUCGAGAGGUUCUCCUCGCCCAUCCCGUACCGUGGGUCGCCCUCUACAUCCGCUCGCUGCUGCCCAGCUUCUUCUUUGCCGUGGUGGCCGCCGGCGUGAAGGACGGAGCCAUGGCCGAGCAGCUGAAAUAAACCAACGGCAAACAGAGAGGUUUCAGGUUCGCAAGAUCUUCUCAUGUAAAAAUAAAAAGGCAAAACGCUACAAGUGUAUUAACUAAUAGAUAUCAUACCUCCCUAGCUGAUUAAUCCCAGUAUAAAUGUUUUCUGAAAUGUUUAAUGUUCAAAUAAGCAAAUAAGACAUUAUCUAAUUAAAUAGGCACUCAUUUGCACACAUUUCCAGAGCAGAAAUCUGACAUUGGACGGGUCAAGUUGAAAAUUCUUGUUUGAUUUUGUUGACAAAUUACAGGUUAUUCCAGAGGGGAUUUGGGAUUUCUCUUUUUAUCACUCCAUAAAUCAUAAAAUACUGUCAACAGACAGAAACAAAGACAUUUUCACCAUGUUCAUAGGAAUGAAAUGUUGUAUAAAUCAGUGUGAAUAAUACAUGAGCAAGCCCCUCAGUAAAAGCCUUCAGAACAUAGAUAGGAAUAAAACUGUUAAGUUUGCUGUAUGUAAGAGAAAAAACUCUUUAAAGACAUAGAUUAAAACUGAAAUCUACAGAUGCAAAUAGAUAAAGUGCAAAAUAAACAUUUAAAUGUGUAUUUCGGAUGUUUUCUUUUGACUAGUCUGAAAGAAGACAUAUUUUUAAAGCCAAUAUACAAUAUCAAAUCUU